CCCCGCACCCAUUUCAUCCUCCCUCCUCUUCACUCUUAACAUAUUUCCUCCGUUGCCAUGGUUUCCGCGAGCCCGCGCAACCCGUGAUGUCACAACGUCGCGGAGUGAUGACGAACGUGGGAACGGGUUGUCGCCAUGUCGUUUGUUGUGGACUCGGUCAUCAUGUUCUCUUCGCAGGUACUUUUUUUUGGCUUCGGAUGGCUUUUCUUCAUGCGCCAGUUAUUCAAGGACUAUGAGGUCCGACAAUAUGUUGUCCAAAUAGUUUUCUCAGUGAUGUUUGCUUUCUCCUGCACUAUGUUUGAACUCAUCAUCUUUGAGAUUCUGGGUGUUUUAAACAGCAGCUCAAGGUACUUUCAUUGGAAGUUGAAUUUGUACGUCAUAUUAGUGGCACUUAUCUUUAUCGUCCCUUUCUACAUUGGCUAUUUUGUGGUCAGCAACAUUCGACUUUUGCAGCGAAAAAGAUUGCUGUUUGCAUGGGUCGUUUGGUUGGCAUUCAUGUACUUUUUCUGGAAGCUCGGAGAUCCAUUUCCUAUCUUAAAUCCAAAACAUGGAAUUCUAUCAAUCGAGCAAUUGAUCAGCCGAGUUGGUGUUAUUGGUGUCACACUGAUGGCAUUGUUAUCAGGUUUUGGUGCUGUUAAUUGCCCAUACACCUACAUGUCUUACUUUCUGAGGAAUGUAACUGAUAGUGACAUUCUUGCACUGGAGAGGCGGUUACUGCAGACCAUGGACAUGAUCAUCAGCAAGAAGAAGAGAAUUGCUAUGACCAGGAGAAUGAUGUACCAGCGUGGAGAAGUACUGAAUAAGCCUGCAGGCUUUUGGGGAAUGAUCAAAAGUGUGACAUCAUCAUCUUCCAAUGGUGAAAAUCUCUCACAUAUUCAGCAGGAAGUAGAUGCUCUGGAAGAAUUGAGCCGACAUUUAUUUCUUGAAACAGUUGAUCUUCAUGCAACAAAGGAAAGAAUUGAAUAUUCAAAAACAUUCCAAGGAAAAUAUUUUAAUUUUUUGGGGUACUUUUUCUCUAUAUACUGUGUCUGGAAAAUCUUUAUGGCAACAAUAAAUAUUGUCUUUGAUCGUGUUGGUAAAACUGACCCAGUCUCGCGAGGUAUAGAGAUCACAGUGAACUAUCUGGGCAUUCAGUUUGAUGUGAAGUUUUGGUCUCAACAUAUCUCCUUCAUCCUUGUGGGAAUAAUUAUCGUCACCUCCAUCCGAGGUUUACUGAUCACUCUUACUAAGUUCUUUUACGCAAUUUCCAGCAAUAAGUCUUCGAAUGUCAUAGUGCUUGUCCUUGCACAGAUUAUGGGCAUGUAUUUUGUGUCAUCGGUGUUGCUCAUGAGGAUGAGCAUGCCCCUGGAAUAUCGCACCAUCGUCACGGAGGUCCUUGGCGAGCUGCAGUUCAGCUUCUACCAUCGCUGGUUUGAUGUCAUCUUCCUGGUCAGUGCGCUGUCCAGCAUUGUCUUCCUUUACCUUGCACACAAACAAGCUCCAAAGAAGCAGAUGAACUUUUAGAAACAUCGAGAUCCCAGGCGCUCUGAUACUAUGCUCUUGCCUGCUGUGUGAUCUAAGUCAACUUCUGGAGGUCUUCCUGAGGAUGCUGAGAAGACUUGAAGGACGGCAGUAUUCAGUGAAGCACAUUAGGGACUGCAGAACUCUGAACAAGGGCUUCUUUAAUGCAAGGAAUUUGAAACGUUUAACUUAAACAUUUGUUUAACAGAAACAAAAGCACUGCUAAAGUGUGCAUACUUUUGAACUGAACUCACACACAAAAACUUCUGUUGAAUGGUGCAAUUUGUUCUUAUCAAGUACAAUAGUAAGAUAUAUUCUAACCAAGUGAUAAAUUUUGCAUUGAUUUUAAAGGGGGGAAAAAACAGGGAAAGUCAGUUUAGUCUCAGUGAACAAGGAUACAGGCUGAAUUCUCCCUUAACAGGUAAUACCAAGGCACCCAUGACUUUGCACAGGAAAGUCACACUUUGUGAUUUUCCCACUUUGGUUUACUUAGUGAAUUGUAUUUCCAAUGAAAGAAACCGAAGUGCAAGUCUUAGUGAGCCCUGGUUUCUGGUACCUGAAGUAUGGGGAGCUGCUGAUGUUUACCUCAUGUGCCUCAAUGGCGUCACACUGGAUAUAGGUCUUACUGUUUUCUCACUCUCUGUCAAACUAGUCUUCUGACACCUGGAGUAUAUAAAGCUCAAAUUCUUUGAAUAAAUGAGAUUCGAUAUCACUUCUGAUCUUCAGGUGAUGUUAACAGAAGCCACUAGUACACUGGAAUGGGAAUAUCUACGAUUCUGCAAAGUACAUCAUCUGUGUCGACUUUGCGUGACUUGGUGCUGUGUGAGAUGUGAGUUUGUCAGUACUCCCCAUCCCUCUAACGCAGGGGUUCCCAAUUGCCUAAUGGUAUUGGUCCACGACAUAAAAGAGGUUGGGAACCCCGGCUCUAACCCCAGAUGUAUUCCCCUCACAACAUACAAAGGAAUUGCAUUGGAAUUGUUGAUUAUUGUCACAUGCAUCAUGAUACAAAGAAAAGCACAGUGCAUUGAACUAGAAGAAGGUAAAACAAUAACAAAGUGUAAAAGCUACAGAAAAAAGUGUAGUGCAGGUAAACGAUAACAAGGUAGAUUGAGAGGCCAGGAGUUCAUCUUAUCUUACAAGAGGUCUAUUCAAGAGCCUGAUAGCAAUAGGAUAGAAGCUGUCCUUGAGCCUGAUGGUACAUGCUUUCGGGCUUUUGUAUCUUUGGCUCAAUGGGAGAGAGAAGAAAAGAGAAUUGGAUUGGUGGUGUCUUUGAAAAUGUUGGCUGCUUUACUGAGGCAGUGGGAACUGUGGACAAAGUCCAUGGAAGGGAAGUUGAUGUUCAUGAUGUUCUGGGCUGUGCACACAGCUCUCCUCUGUAUCUUAUGGUCACACACUAAACUGUUUUGCAUUCAGACAGAAUUCUUUCUAUGGUGCAUUGAUAGAAGUUGGUAAGAGUCGACAAGGAAAUGUCAAAUUUCUUCAGCCUCCUGAGAAAUUAAAGGCACUGGUGAGCUUUCUUGGCUGUGAUAUUAAUGCAUUCAAGCUUUGGAUCAAAAUACUGCAUCCAGCAGGUUGAUCGUUGUUCCAGAUUCCAAAUCUGCAGUCUCUUGUGUUCCUUAUUCCUCUGAAGGUGUUCCAAUUCUGAGAGUUCUCAUAUACAGUAGUCUCCCAUAAAAUUGAAAAGGUUCAAUAAAUUAAGCAAGUUGUUCGCAGAAGUCAUAUUUAGGACAGUUAGUCAGAGCUGCAAGAGACAUUCAAAAUGGAGGGAGGAUGCUUUAGUUGUCUGAAUGAUCAAACAGAGUCCUGUUAUUUGGCUUGGGAUUCUUCCACAGCCGUUUCCUGCUCUUACUUGACACUGGGCUUGAGUUAAUUGCCUCCCUUAGAUUUUGUGUUAACUUUCUAGCCAUUUUUGUUCUCCAUCCUCAACACCCAGGUAUCAACAUCUCUUGCAUUUCGUGUUAACUUGUCAUAUGCAUACCUUGUCCACAAUUGGAUGAGCUCCAACUGCCAACUGAAAAGCACUGAGUUUGAGAUAUCUGUUUCACACAGUGGAUUCCCUGAUGAGCAGUCAUUGCCAUUCUCUGUAAAAUAUCAUGGCUCCAGGAACAGUUCAGGCUAGAUAUCCUGGCGUGAGAGUCUCAUCUCCUGACACCCAAAGGCAUUCCCCCAUCAAAAAGACAUAAGUCAGGAGCGUGACCAAAUGCCAUCUACUUGCCUGGAUGAGUGCGAUGCCAGCAACUCUCUAAAGGACAAAGCAGUUCAUCCACAAUCCUAAGCACUCAUUCACUUCCGCACCACUGCACGUGUAGAAGUAACAGAACAUAUUGCAGUCACUUGCCUAAAUUACUCUGAAGGCAGUUACUAAGUGGAUAAGGGCAGCCAGCAUGUGGAACUCUACCAGAUUCCUGUGUGGUAAUCUGAAAUAAAUCACCAUCUGUCUCAGAGUGGCUCUCAGCUGACAGAAUGCAGUAGUUAGAGCCAGCAGCUCAACAUCACUUUACGAACAUAAAAGAAAGUAAAGCUUGGAAAUAAGCCGUUUGGCCCCGGUGUCUGUGCUGAAUAUGAUGCUAGUUUGAGCUGCACAACUGCCUGACAAUGCUCCAUAUUCCUCAAUCACCUGCCUGUCUAAGUUCCACAUAAUAUUGCUAACGUGAUUACUUUCAAGCAGGUGAUUAGGGAUUGCCGAUAGUUUCUGGCUCUUGUCAGUGAUGCCCUCCUUCCAUGACAAUUAAAAUUGCAUUUUAAUUCACGUGCACAUACACUUUGUCACCACUUUAUUAGGUAUGCCUGUAAAACUGCUUGUUAAUGCAAAUAUUUAAUCAGUCAAUCAUAUGUCAGCAAUUCAUUGCAUAAAAGCAUGCAGUCAUGGUUACAAGGUUCAGUUGUUGUUCAGACCAAACAUCAGAAUGGGGAAGAAAUGUGAUCUAAGUGACUGACCAUGGAAUGAUUGUUGGUGCUGGACAGAUUGGUUUGAAUAUCUCAAAACUGCUGAUUUCCUCAGAUUUUCAUGCACAGCAACCUCUAGAGUUUACAAAGAAUGGUGCAAUAUACAAAAAACAUCCAGUGAGCAGCAGUCUGGUGUCAAAAUGAUUUGCUAAUGAGAGUGGUUAGAGGAAAAUGGCCAGACUGGUUCAAGCAGACAGGAAGGUGACAGUAACUCAAAUAACCACAUGUUACAACAGUGGUGUGCAGAAGAAUAUCUUUGAAAGCGCAACACGUCAAACCUUGAAAUGGAUGGUCUACAGCAGCAGAAGACUACAAACAUACACUCAGUGGCUGCUUUAUUAGGUAUAGGAGGCACUUAAUAAAGUAGUUACAGAGUGUAAGUGCAUCUGCUAGAUAAGAAUUAGAGUUCACCACAGGUUGCUGUGAGAUUUAAAGAUAAAACUUGCUUCAAUCUCUCCCCAUCAUCCUACCGGAAAUCUAUUUCUUUACCUGAAGAUUAAAAAAAGACUAACCAGUUCUUUCCUUAUUGUUGCAAUUUAAUAUUUCACCCAUCACCUGUCCAUAUGUGUGCUGGCGUGUGUCCUAGUGGACAAGGCAUCAGACUAGUAACCUGAAGGUCACUGGUUCGAGCCUCACCUGAGGCAGCGUGUUUGUGUCCUUGAGCAAGGCACUGAACAACACAUUGCUCUGCGACGUCACUGGUGCCAAGCUGCAUGGUUCCUAGUGCCCUUCCCUUGGACAACAUUGGUGGUGUGGAGAGGGGAAGGCCUGCAGCUUGGGCAACUGCUGGUCUCCCAUACAACCCUGCCCAGGCCUGCGCCCUGGAAACUCCAGGCGCAGAUCCAUGGUCUCUCGAGACCGACGGAUGCCACUACACACACCUGUCCAUAGCUAUAUUAUCCUUUUUUGUUUUGCUCACCCAGCUUCUAUCAAAAUGCUUUAUCUUUCACUUUUGAAAAUGACAUUUUUUUGAAAAUGAAAGCACUAGCUAACCAGACACACAAUCCCAACAGUUCCCAUUUCAAACUAUAAUUAUUUGUGGUUGUUUUAAUUUCUGUUUUGUCACCAGUGUUUUGUUUUACAAAUCUACACUUCAAUACAAGUGUGGCAAAGAGAUUUACAGACUUGGGUACAUGAAGUGAAUAAUAUUCUGCUCUGUAUUUUAAAUUAAGUUGCCCAUUUUUAUUCAUAAAAUAAAUCAGAGAUACAAGUUUUGUCCAUUGAAAGUUUUAUUGUUUCUAUUUACAGAAAAAAAAGUCAUAAGUACAGCAUAUAAUUAUGUAGCUUGGACCUCGACAUUGCAUUCAUGAAUCUGAAACAAUUGUACUGCAUGGAUGGGUGUUUCCUGAUCUGAUAGGAGCAGAAGGAGCAAAGCCUCCUCUUAGACUAUUAAAUUGAAUCUACCUUAACCUCAUUUACCCACCUUUUGUGCCAUGUUUUAUAAUAAGGUUGUGAUCCUUUGAGUAUUAAAAUCUUUAUGUGAUCUAGUUGAAGUUAAGAUCCCUUGAGGGAGAGACCUGAACAAUGGAACAUAACCUUGAAUCCCUAACAAAAAUUUUACUUGGUCUCAAAUUUCCACUGGCAUCUGUUUUUCCCACACCACCCCUGGGCACCACACCAUUUAGGAUAGGUUUCCAGAUUUCCAGGACUCCUAAAAGCAAAUAGGACUGGGCAAGACUUAAGUUUGAAAAUAAUUUUGCUGCCUAGAGCAGCAGCCUACAUUUUAACCUAUGUAAGACCAUAAAAUAUAGGAGUAGAAUUAGGCCAUUUGGCCCAUUGAAUCUGUUCCACCAUUUCAUCAUGGCUGAUCCAAUUUUCCUCUCAGCCCCAAUCUCCUGCCUUCUCCCUGUAUCACUUCAUGUUCUGACCAA